AUGAAUCUGGAUAAAAUGGACCAGGUCCACAGAAUCGUGGACAACAAGAAGCAACACUACUCAGAUGUGACAGUAGACGCUGGCAUGCGGAUUUAUAAACUAAGUGAGUAUCUUCACGAGCGUGGAUUGGCUAUCCAAAACCUAGGAUCGAUCUCAGAGCAAAGUGUGGGAGGAAUCAUCUCCACGGGUACCCACGGCUCAUCCCCCCACCACGGCUUGAUUUCGUCGCAGUACGUGGACCUGACCAUAGUGAACGGACUCGGAGAAGUGGUAUUUGUGAACUCCGAGAAGCACCCAGAGAUCUUUCGUGCUGCCUCAUUGUCCCUGGGUAAAAUUGGUAUCAUUGUUCGUGCGACCAUUAGGGUAGUUCCAGCGUUCAAGAUCAAAUCAACACAGGAGGUUAUCCAUUUUGACACCUUACUGAACCAGUGGGAUCUCAUUUGGACUUCUAGCGAGUUCAUCAGGUGUUGGUGGUAUCCUUACAGCCAAAAAUGUGUUUUGUGGAGGGGCACCAAGACCAGUGAUAGGUUAGUAACAAAGACAAGGCGCUCUUGCUCCGAUGGAAUUUCAGGUGGGAUUGGGAAACAAAACUGUUCGUGGGCACGAACGUGA